AUGGCAAAUAACACAACACGAUGUUUUAAGUGUAAUAAAGAAAAAAUAACAUAUCCUUGUGAAGGAUGUUCAAAAGAAUUUUGUUUAAUGCAUUUAACAGAACAUCGUCAAAUAUUAAAUGAAGAACUACAUCAUAUUAUUAAUGAUUACGAUCAAUUUAAGCAGAGAAUAGAUGAACAAAAACAAAAUCCACAGAAACAUUCAUUAAUAAAACAAAUUAAUCUAUGGGAAAUAAAAUCAAUUGAAAUAAUUCAACAAAAAGCACAGGAGUACAGAGAAAUUCUCAUGAAAUCAUCACAAAUAUGUAUUAAUGAUAUUGAAAUGAAACUUAAUGAUUUAAAUGAACAAAUAAAACAAUUUCAAAAAGAAAAUGCAUUUAAUGAAAAUAAUUUAAAUUAUUUAAGAAAUCAAUUAAAAAAAAUUACAGAGGAAUUAAAUAAUCCAUCAAAUAUGUCUAUUCAACAAAACUCACGAUCAUUAAUUGAUGAUAUUUUAUUUGUUUCAUUACAAAAAAAACCAACAUUUAACAAAUGGAAACAAAAUGCCAUCACUGUAGCUGGCGGAAAUGGAAAAGGAUGGAAUUUUAAUCAACUCAAUUGUCCAGGAGGAAUCUUUAUUGAUAAAAACAAAAAUAUUUUCAUUGCUAAUGAUUAUAAUCAUCGUAUUAUUGAAUGGAAAUGUAAUGCAAAGGUAGGACAAAUCAUUGCAGGUGGCAAUGGUGGAGCAAAUCGAAUGGAUCAAUUGUUUCAUCCAACUAAUGUGGUUGUUGAUCAACAAGAUCAUUCGAUCAUCAUUGCUGACUGUAAUAAAAGACGAGUGAUCCAAUGGUUGAAUCAAUAUCAACAAAUUCUCAUUGACAAUAUUGACUGUUUGGGCUUGGCAACAGAUAAACAUGGAUCUCUUUAUGUUUCUGAUUAUAAGAAAAAUGAAGUGUGGCAUUGGAAAAUGAGAGAAAGCAAUGAAGGAACUGUAGUGGCAGGUGGAAAUGGAAGUGGAAAUCAACUUAAUCAACUCAAUCGCCCUACUUUCAUCUUUGUUGAUGAAGAUCAAUCUAUUUAUAUAUCAGAUGAAAACAAUCAUCGCGUGAUGAAAUGGACAAAAGAUGCAAAAGAAGGAACAGUUGUGGCUGGAGGAAAUGGUAAAGGAAGAAACCUCAAUCAGUUAUGGUCACCUGAAGGAGUAGUUGUUGAUGAUUUGGGUCAAAUCUAUGUGGCAGAUUUAGGGAAUGAUCGAGUAAUGCGUUGGUGUGAAGGAAAAGAAGAAGGUGAAAUUGUUGUUGGUGGGAAUGGUAAAGGAAAUCAAUCAAAUCAAUUGAAUCAUCCUCAUGGUUUAUCUUUUGAUGAUGAAGGAAAUCUUUAUGUCGCUGAUUCGGAAAAUCAUCGAAUUCAAAAGUUUGAAUUAAUAUUGUGA